UGCAGCAAGGCGAACAAGUUGUCUCUUCAAAACACAUUUGUUGGUUUCAAAUCUCCGUAGCGAAGUUCCGACGAGGCUCCAAUCCGAGCAGGACGCUCUCCAGUCGGCUAAACCUUCGUCCGAGGUGGCGGUGGUGAACAUCCAACGUAAUUGUCCCACACCAAUCACGAUGAUGAAGAAGACCACGUGGAAAGCAAAGGCGGAAGUGAACUUUUCUGUGUCGGAGCAACUUUUUCGACAACUUUCUUGUUUUAAGUACAAGUUGGUGGUUUCAGGCGACAACGUUUUUUUUCCCCUUUUCUUUUCUUUUUAAACCUGCCUUCGCCGACAAAUAGUCAGCACGGAGGCGGAGAUGGUCUCCACCGUCGCGAACGUUGACGUGAAGCAGAAAGAUGCCGAGCAAGCGCUGGUGGUGGCCAUCUCGUGCUCGGCCGUGUUGGAGGAUACUGACGACGGCGAGGUGCACGGUGUGGGCGUGGCCUUCCCGCUGCUGCAGGCGGUGCAGAAUGUGAAUCGGCGUCUGGUGGCUGCGAAUUCUGCAGAGUCGUUGCUUUUUGACGUGCUUCUCGUCACCACUGACGGGCGUCGGCAGCAGAGCGCUCGCAUCGUCAGCAGCACCAAACAUCAUGGUCUGGAAGUGAGCCGCUUCUGCUUUUCGGGUCGGGAAGACUUUGUGGAGAGUUUACUUGAAAAUCGAGUGCAGCUCUUCCUGUCCGCAGAGCCAGAGGAAGCGUCGCAGGCGUGGCAAAGAGUUCAAGGUGUGACCCGCCUCUCGCCCGAAGAUGGCUGGGAUAGACUCGAGCACGCCUGCGACCCUUGUGUUCUGUCGGCGCUGUUGGGCCGUCAAACUUGGUCGAGCUCGUCGGAGCAGCUCAGAGUUUUGUUGUGCGGCGGUGACAUCUUCACGACACCUGCCAACCCCACGCCAGCAGCGCAGCGCUUCUGGUCCCAGCUGGGCGCCAUGCGGGGUCGUUUCGGCGUCCUGGAUAGUCCCGUCAGCGUUUCGGUGUUGACGGCGCACGGCGGGCGCCAAAGUUUCGGCGACGCCCUGGCGACGCUUCGCUCUCGCGGCCUGAAGGCCGACGAAGCCCACUGCUUGGCCGGGGCCCCUCGCGGGCCAAUCCUGGACCUGCUGAGACCUCACUUCCUACUCGGCGAUGGCGGCCUGGAGCGAUGACGUCACGUGGUCGCCAUUACGUCGGCCAGCCUUAAAGGGCCAAGCGCUUUGUUAAAAUUGUUUUUUUUUUUUUUUAAUUUUUUUUUUUUUUUACACACAUGGCUGGUUGCUGUUUGUGUGCAUGGACUGCACAUGCUAUGAUGUGAACAUAUUUUGACAGUCUUAAUUUAAUAGGGUUAUGCCCUUGCUAUAUUGUUGCUCUGGUGUAAUAAAAUCCAAAUAUAAUCGAAACAAAAAAACAAAAACCACUUUUUUUUUUUUAGCAGAACUCGAAUGUGAUCACACAUCUCAAUGCUUUAUAAUGCACAUAAUCCAUUAUAAAAUUUCUAACUGUUAGUAUUUCCCUUUCAAACUGUGAUUAUUGGUCAAAUCGUAUCUCCGGGAGAAAACGUUUGCCCAGUUAGCGCCACGCUGGCUGAGAGCAUUGACGGCUAACAGGACGACGGAAGGCGGGAACAUAGCAUUAGAAAAUAAUCCUGAUGGUGACGUGGCUACGGGUGGCGCUAAACAAAGAAGAUUUAAUGGAUGCGUCUUGGGUUUUGCAUGCUAGCCUUCUGUGGACUAGGAAUGCUAAUGCUAAAGCGGGGAUUCUCGUAAACCGCGUGUGCCUCCGCCAUCAGAGGAAGAGACACAGUAACAUGACUUCAAACACCCAAAGAGAAACACACAGGUGCAUGUAGAUAUUAAAUUCCUUAAAUGAUUUCAAUUUAAACUACAAAGAAAACCACAAAGGCGUAUUUAGUCACACAACUCCCUCGCUAACAUUGUUUUAGACGUCGAAAAGGUGACGGCAGUCCCUUAGUAAGGUUACUUUGUUAAUGAAAGACUGAUUCCCUCGGUAACGCUUUAAAGUGCAACGAGACACGGGCGCAAAUAGUCGCACAACUCCUUUGCUGACAUUACGUGUCAAAAAAAGGCGACAGGGCCGCUAAUAGUCGCGCAACUUGAAACUCCAAGGAAAGCGACACAGGCGCAUUUCCAUGCACAACUUGGUAGCAUUUAAGCAUCAGACAGACAAGAGUUCUCGGUCUGCUUCUGACGAACGGUAGUUUACAACGGCCGGUGUGUGUAUUGCGUAUUUUCUUUGUCGUCUGCAGAUGACGACAAAGGAAUUCAUGUUCAAAUGAAGCUUAUUAAGUCCGGUACGACGCAUGUGACACGAGCAGCUUUUUGUUGGUGCGGCCUUCUCUCCUCCUCCGCACUCCGAGUGCGCAUGCGUGCGCGUGUCCGAGGGCGAGGGUCGGAGAGGUCGGGGGAGGCGCCGAGGGGCGGAAGGGCACGGCGGUGACGCGCGGCUCGUAAGCGGCUUUAAUCGGCUAAUUCGGCCUCGGGGGCCUGGCGGGCGACUCGGAGGUAAACGCCCGAGCUGAGCGGACCCUCCGCCGGACACUCACUGCACACUGAGGCGGGUCUUUCGGGAGCUUUUUUUUUUUUUUUUUUUUUUUUUUUUUUUUUUCUUUUCUUCU